CAACAGCGCUGAUAACGCGCUCCCCGAACGCACCCUUUGAGUGAGUUUGUCUAUUGUUCUAUAUACAUUUAAAGGCUUCUAGAUUUAAAGAAGACGGAUUGGCACUUAAAGCAUCUUUAAAGCGAACGCACCCUAAGGAUAUCGAAGGAAAUCAUUCUCUGUAUCCGCUUGUGAGAGGACAUUUGUGUUCGUUAAUAAUGCUGCGUGUGUGGAGCAAAUUCCGAAAUCUUCGAUGUUAUUCGACAGCAGCUUUGCCGAUGCCGGAUACAAAUCCGUCGAUCUUAUAUACUGGCAUAUUUAUCAAUAAUGAAUGGCACAAAUCAAAAUCUGGUAAAACAUUUCCUACGGUUAAUCCCGCUACAGGUGAAAUAAUUGCCGAUGUGCAAGAAGGCGAUAGUGCAGAUAUCGAUGUUGCUGUGCAGGCUGCUAACAAGGCUUUUAGAAGACGUUCACCAUGGCGAAAAAUGGACGCCUCUCAAAGAGGACUUCUUUUGCACAAAUUGGCAGAUCUGUUGGAGAAAAAUCGGACAUACGCUGCAUCCUUAGAAACUUUAGAUAACGGCAAGCCUUACGCAUUUGCAUACAAUAUAGAUUUAGCCUUCAGCAUUAACGUGCUGAGAUAUUAUGCGGGAUGGGCUGAUAAGUGGCAUGGUAAAGUCAUACCAAUGGAUGGAGACUUUUUUAGCUACACUAGACAUGAACCAGUAGGAGUAUGCGGUCAGAUUAUUCCGUGGAACUUCCCAUUAUUGAUGAUGGCUUGGAAGAUAGCACCGGCUUUAGCCACAGGAAAUGUCGUAAUUUUAAAACCUGCGGAACAGACUCCAUUAACAGCUCUUUACAUGGCACAAUUGACCAAAGAAGCUGGAUUUCCUGAUGGAGUGGUCAAUGUGGUUCCUGGUUACGGUAGUGCAGGAGCAGCGCUUGUAGCUCAUGAUAAAGUUGACAAGAUUGCAUUUACGGGUUCCACAGAAGUUGGCCAAUUGAUAAAACAAGGUGCCGCCAUGCACAAUUUGAAGAGGACCACACUGGAGUUAGGCGGAAAAUCUCCUAAUAUUAUUCUUAAAGAUGUUGAUAUAAAUGAGGCAGUGGAAACAGCGCAUUUUGGAUUGUUCUUUAAUAUGGGUCAAUGCUGUUGCGCAGGAUCCAGAACGUUCGUUCAGUCUAACAUUUACGACGAGUUCGUGGAAAAAAGUGUACUUCGCGCUAAGGCUAGAACUGUUGGAGAUCCGUUCGAUUUAAAAAUCGAACAUGGUCCGCAGAUUGACCAAGAGCAACUGAACAAAAUAAUGAACUUGAUAGAUUGUGGUAAAAAACAAGGCGCUAGUUUGCUAACAGGUGGCGAGCGCGUCGGUGAUAAAGGAUAUUAUGUCGCUCCAACGGUAUUUGCAGAUGUUAAAGACGAUAUGACUAUAGCCAAAGAAGAAAUAUUCGGUCCGGUUCAACAAAUCCUGAAGUUCGAUGAUUUGGACGAAGUCAUUGACCGUGCUAAUGACACCAAUUACGGAUUAGCCGCUGCAGUUUUCACGAAAGAUAUUGACAAAGCAAAUUACAUUGUACAAGGUCUUCGCGCCGGUACAGUUUGGGUCAACACAUACAAUGUUAUGUCUUCUCAAGUGCCGUUUGGUGGCUAUAAAAUGUCUGGAGAAGGCAGAGAGCUCGGAGAAUACGGGCUUGACGCGUAUACGGAAGUAAAAAGUGUAAUUGUCAAACUUAAAGAAAAACACUCAUAAAAUAACCCAGAUAGCCAAGUCUGUCAAAAGCAGAUCAUGCAAGUGUCUGCUACCUGUUGUCAACAAAAAGGCUACAAAUCUGAUACAGAAGUUGUUAUUAUUGAUUAAGUCUACAAAUUGGUCCCAAAAAUCGAGCAGAUCUUGCUCACAAAAUCUGACAACAGAUUGGCUGCAGAAACCGAGCAAGAUCUGCUAACAUGACUUGACGUCAGAUUGUCGGCAGAAACCGAACAAAAUCUGCGCACGCACACUCUAACGGCAGAUUGGCAACAGAAACCGAGCAGAAUCUGCAGCUUUUGGCGAUUCACGUAAAAUGAUGCAUUUAAAAGGUUUCAAAAUGUUAUUUUUAUAACAUAAAAUAUAGUUAAGUCUUUUGAAUUAACUAUUUUUUUAGACGUCAAUAAAUU